CCUCAACCCGGUUUUGUAAACAAUAAGCAUGAAAGCAUGAAAUGUAAAGGAAGUGAAGUGAAGUAAUCAGCGAGACUUUCAUUCGUACUCUUGAUACCAGUUAAAUCAAAACUAAGUGUUUUUCAUCAUUUCACUAUUUUACAAUUUCUCCUCUGUAUUCUCUGCAAGUAUUGGUGCUCAAAACAAUGUCCUUUCAUUAUCACCGUCACUCAAACGUGAGUUGGCCUCUGAGUGUGGACUGAUUAGUGUUUGCUUCAGAUCAUUUCUUUCCGGAGGACCAGACCGAAGAGUCUUUUUCUUGUGGAAAGUUACUAGCUCUAUUCUUUCUUCCAUGCUCAUCACCUAAAGCUGUUUUCAUAUCAAAACUCUGCCAGUCAUGUCCCGUCGCUUUUUGAGUCUCAUACAAACAAUCAGAUCUGGGAUUAGUGCGCAACAGUUUACAAAUCAAGUCGUCAGUGCCAAGUGCUUGUAUUAUGGCAUCUCUCCUUUUCACACCUGCUCUAACUUAUUACAAAAAGAAAAUACAAAAAAGCAGGGCGAAGAACAUGCCAAAGAUGAGCAACGGGAAAACCAUGAUGACUCAUCUGACAAUAAGGAUCAACAGAGGCAAGAACAGGAUCAAGAUAAAGACACACAAUUUGGCAAUGAGUCUGAGUCCAAAGGCUCGAAAAAUGGUUUUAAUUUCAGCCUUGUUCCAGUAGAUGAUUUUUCUAGAGUUGAAAAUAAGACCAAAGUAGCGUUCCAUGAUGCGAUUGACAUCUAUAAACGCCGCACUCCACCUACGGGCACUGAGCAUAUUGCUUUUAUCUACGCAGCUUUGAAACACAUGAAAGAAUUUGGAGUUCAUAAAGACCUUCAGACGUAUAAAGCUUUAAUAGAUGUUUUGCCCAAAGGAAAAUAUGUCCCACGCUCCAUGUUUCAAUCAGAAUACUACUUUCAUCCCAGAGAACAACAGUGUAUCGUUGACUUAUUAGAGCAAAUGGAGGAUAAUGCUGUAAUCCCUGAUUGGGAAAUGGAGACAAUGUUAGUCAACAUAUUUGGCAGGCGAGGGUAUCCUGUAAGGCGCUACUGGCGGAUGAUGUACUGGAUGCCUAAGUUUAAGAACCUGUCUCCUUGGCCGCUCCCAUCGCCUGUUCCAGAAGACACUUUAGAAUUGGCUAAAUUAGCUAUAAAAAGAAUCAUGACAGUCGAUCAUCAGUCAGAAAUCACUGUCUUUCAGACUAAAGAUGUAGAAAAUAGCAUAGAUGACACAUGGAUUGUUAGUGGGCAAAGUCCAGUACAACGAAAACUUUUGGAAAACCAUCCUGUGAACAAACCCAUUUAUGUGGAAGGUGGCUUUAGAAUUUAUCUGAGGGAAAUGCCUAUGCUGUACUUUAUUCUACGAGCAGAGCCCGAUAGAAAUAGAAAAAUUCCUGUGAGAGAUGAUUACAAAGCAGACAAUGUCUCUCAGCUCAAUUUUCCGUACAUAGCAUCUGCAGGAGCAUCUGCUGAUGAUGAUAUAGUCAAUAAGCCAACAGUACACGAGCAAGAGGAUGGGACCUUUUUUGCUGUUUGUGCAACUGGCACAUCUAGUAAGGACUCACUUCUCAGUUGGAUUCGAUGCUUAGAGAAACAUGGCAAUCCUAAGCUUGGAAAAGUAUCUGUUUUAUUUACUUUCAAAUCGCCAAUUGGUGCAACUGUUUCUAUUGAAGAUGAAAAUGAAGGACAGAAAUCCGUAGACCAAGAGAAACCUCCAAUUGAAUCAUAGUUUUCAUCCUCUUAAAGAGUAGAGUAGGCUCUACCGUUUGCAUGUAGGUUUCUUUUUCCCAAACCUAAUUGAUAGUGCAUAAUCUUCUUACUAAAACUUACAAGAUGACUUGAAGUGAAAGAUUAUACCUGACAAAAAGAAACUGAGUAAUUAUGUUUUGAUAGCUCAUCCGCCCUCAAAAUUGUUAUAUUUCUAAAUUCUCAACAGAAUCUGGAAGAAAGAGGACAACCAAAAAGAGAGCGAAUUGUGGGAAUUUUCUUCUGGUUGAAUUUGAUGAAACUUAAUCUUGUUCAUUUCCAUAUUCUCAUCAUCCUGAACAAAAUUUCUGCUACAUGCCUGGAGAUCGUGUGCGACCUUUUCUAAGAUGAUCCCAGAAGUAUCAUUGAUUUUAUCUUGAAUGAUCAGAGUCUACACAGAAUUUUGGCAGUAUUUGACUUGACUUUUACUUUUAUCUAGAAUUAGGUAUCUCGAUGGCAUUACAUUAAACAUUCAAGCACCCACCAUGACUUCUGUUAGAAAUAGAAAUGAGAGUUCUGCACUAAAGUAUCAUCAAAUUGGGCCAAAAAACAAUAAUUUCCACAAGAUACUUGCCUCCUCCUUUUCUUUUUAGUCAAUUUCCAGCAUACCCCUUCAUGUCAGAAACUCUGCAAGCUCCAAGUAUUUUGUGCUUUUUCAAUGAGUAUCUCCGAAGCAAGUAUCCUUUUCCCCCUUUCCCUCUCCAACUGUACUUUUUUUCAUAUCUAAGUGAAGUACUUGGUGGACUUAAGAAAAAGACGGAUUUGGAUUGACAAUCUUAUCGCGUGAUUUAUUGAGCCAAACACGCGUACCAGAAAAAUUGUGCUGUCGAGCAUGCAGGAUAACAAAAGACAAUUGAGCCUGGCCAGAGGCUAAGGACAUGUGAAGAACACACAAGGUUGCAUACAUAGGUUAGACUAUUUGGGCGGGUAAUUCAAACAUAACACUGAGUAAUACUGAAUGUGAGCAAAAAGUGCAUUGUUUUAGUAAUAACCAAUGUAAAAACUGUGCGAAUGAUCUUAGUGAUUCCUCUAUAGAUGUGAAAUUGUCAAAUCGAUAUCUAAAAAUGGGUUUUAAAGAAAAAUCAAUUUCAUCGCUCUCUUGUGAAAGAAGGUGUGUGUGAAUUAUGUUCAAAUAGAUUUGGAAAAAAAGAGCCUUCCAUUUUUGAACUGUUUAAAAUUUGUUUUUGUUGCUAUGAGUUUUUGUUUAUAUUAUGAAAAAAAAAUAAAUAAAUAAAACAAAAAAUGUAAAACAUUUUCA